UAAGUGUGGUCGUCCACAUUCCAUCCAUAUUUACAACAAAAAGGGUUUCUUACCGUUCUGCAUUGGGAAUUUUCCCAGGUGGGGGUUAUUGCAACUGAAUUUCGCUUUCACGAAGCAAUGGCGACGACGACUGCGGAAACAAUCUCAGCGGCCAUGGAACUGAUUAACACGAAGAAACAGAACCUAAAGAAGGCCUUCGACGAGCUCCAAUCCCACUCCGCCGUCCUCUCCUCCUUCAAUCUCUCUUGGUCCGACCUCGAUUCCCACUUCACCUCCAUCCAAAGCUCCCUCACCCAAAAGUUCCACCUCCUCCAAUCCCUCCAGUCACAGUCCUCCACAAACCCUUCUUCUCCUUCAUGUCAGAUACCAAAAGACCCCUCUCCUUCGUCGAAUUUACCGACCCAGGUAGCAAAAGACCCGUCUUUGCCGUCGCUCGGGUCGACCCAGAUGGCGGAAGACCCCAAAUCAUCGUUCCAGAUGCCAAAGGACCUGCCUUGUUCGUCAAUUUUGUCGACCCAGAUUGGAAAAGACCCUUCUUCCUCAUCAAACCCCUCGAGCCAGAACGUGGUUGAAACAGAUAUCAACUGUGAAGUGGAUGUCGUGCCUCCUCGGCCCGAAUUGGUGGCGUUCUGUGAGAGAAUGGAUGCAAUGGGGUUGAGGAAUUAUAUGAAUGAGUCGGUGAAUAACCGAAACACAAUUCGGGGUGAGCUCCUGGGGGCAAUUCGGUGUGCCAAGGACCCUGCUGGCAUGGUUCUGAAUGCAAUGGAGGGGUUCUAUUGCGUGAAUGGGAGAAAUAAGGGCGAUAAGGACCAACAAUUAUUUGGUGUGAGGAGGAGUGCUGUGCUGUUGUUGGAAGUGUUAAUGGGGAUUUCUCCGAAUGUAGGAUCGGAAGUGAGGGAGAGAGCCAAGAAGUUAGCAUUGGAGUGGAAAGGGAAGUUGAGUAUGGAUGGCGAAAACCCGUUCGAGGCGUUGGGAUUCUUGCAUUUGGUUGCAGCUUAUGGACUGCAGGCCGAAUUCAAGAUGGAUGAGCUUGUUGACCAUUUUGUUAUAGUUGCGCGGUAUAGGCAAGCUGUUGAGUUAUGCCGGAAAAUUGGUUUGGGGGAUAAGCUUGCAGAUCUGAUUCAGAAACUUGUGAGUAAGGGAAAACAUCUUUUGGCUGUCAAAUUCAUUUCUGAAUUUGGUCUGACCGAUAAGUUCCCACCAGUUCCCAUCUUAAAAUCCUACGUCAAAGAGUCUAAAAAGCUUGCUAAGAAAGUAUGCAAGGAUGGAAAUAACUCUCGCCAGUCAAUGAAUGAAGCCACAGCGAAAGAAUCCGGCGCUUUGAAAUCAGUAAUCAAGGUUAUUGAAGACCUCAAGCUCGAAUCUGAGUAUCCACCUAGUUUUCUUCAAAAGCGUCUGGAGCAGCUGGAGAAGGAGAAGGCAGACAGAAAACGCAAUGCUGUGGCUCCUGCUGCCAAGCCUCUGCAACUGCGGCAGCAACAGAAACAGCAGACAGCAAAGGAGCCGGCAAAGAAACCGAAGCAGCAGCUAUAUGGAAACAAGCGUCCUAGAAUGACUGCUCCAGAUGGAUCUGCAGCAGUCUCAAUUAAUGUUAAUGACGCAGGUUUGUUGCGAGCCUAUUCCUUGUCUGGCAUUGCUCCUGCUCCUCAAGCUGCCGCUUAUGCGGGUUCAUCAGCUGGGCUGUAUGGUUUUUCAGGAGGCCAGAUGGGUUUUCCUGGGCAUCCAGCCCCUACUAGUACCCACUUAUCCUUGUCUGAACUAUAUGUUCCGUCAGGUUAUUAUAACCGGCCAACUACCUAUGGUGGAUAUGGUCCACCCCCCGAAUAUCAUCCAUCUUACUAUCCUCAGUAGUGAUUGCUACUCUUUGUUGACGUAGUAUACUUUUGGAUGGUAUAUGACAAAUUUUUAGUUUUUUAUUUCCGCAAUGCUGGUGAUCAGAAAAGCAAGUCUGCUUCUUUGUUUACCAUGAUUGUAGCACAGCAAACAAACUUGAACAAGCUUCUUGCUGUCCAGAAGAUUGUCUUAUCCACUAAUUUUCUGGACAUUUGGGAAGUAAUCCGCUGAAAAGUAGUAUAACUUUGUUUUAAUAUCAUUUUUUUAGCACUCA